AUGUGGAACGGGCCAACCUACGUCAUCGCGCGUGUCAGGCGCAAUAGCGCGCUUUGGACUUUCCCUGCGUGUUGCACUUCCUUGGCGUCGCCUCAGCGUCGUUUUUCGUCGUGGUUCGAAGAGCAGCCCGGCGGUGGUCAGCGCAACGUAGAAGACAAGGCUGUCGCCGCCUUUGCCAUCAACGCUGACAGGCUGGAGAAGGGCAAGACGAUCAUCAACAAGAAGGCGCAUGGAAUCCCUUUCCGCAUAUGUGAUGCUGAGGCAGUCGACAAUGUGUGCCGCCACCACGGGGCUGCGGUUGAGAUCCACAGCGUGGAACGCUUUCUCAUGCCGUUCUGGCUCACAGAAACGUCUGCCGCGGGCACCUUCAAGGCGGAUCUCCUCCAGCACGAUCGAAUGAACAUCACCCAGCCGCACUACUUUCUGUGGCUGGAGGGGCCCCGGUACCAGUUCAACUACCCGUUUGGGGAAUACAUGCCGAUGAAUCAAGUCUCCGCGUCCUACCGGGAGCCUCUUGAAGUGGUGGAGCGCUGCCUCACCGGCACCCACGUGCCGUCGAUGCUGCUCUCGCGAUUUGAGCUGCUGCAUGAGGUGGAAAAGAUGGAGCAUCGACCCACCGUCAUCCCCUUCACCAUGUCGACUGUGACGGCCCUCUCCGUGAUAGAGCGGCGCGUCAACCGCCGCGUCGUUAUGGAUCGCAUCGACCGCGAACUCCGCAAGUUUCACGGCUCAUUUCUGAAGAGCAACGUGAGCGUGACGAGCCUGCAAAUGGUGGCGUCCAGUAUUCGGCCUGCAUUCCUGCCGCUCUUCAAGCUGACAGUCUCCACCGUCUCACACUCGACUCCAGUCCCGGCGUUCAUCUGCGGCGCCACUGGCAAGGUGGUGGGGCCGGUGCUGCACGUGCAGCGCCGGAAGCGGCUGGGGCUGGCGGCCGCCGCGGCUGUUGGUACGUUGCUGAGCCUUGCGCCUCUCGUGGAGCCCGGGGUGGCCACCGCCGCGGCGUUGGCAGUUGUGGCCUCCUCUGGCUUUGUGCAGCAGGUUGUGCAGCGGGCGCGGUUUGUGCGGGAGCAGGUGCACCAGAUGGCCCAGCUCAAGUCCGUCGGCGUACUGAACCUCGUCGCCGACAGCGCGGGUUAUCGCUGGACCCCAGAGGAAGAAGAGAAAGAAGAGUACGAGUACCGCGAGGAGCUGCGCCGUCAGGCACGCGCGAGGGACGCCUUUGAGCAGCGCGUGAAAGAGGAGGCGGCGCGCGACCGUGCCCGAGCCCAUGGUACCCACUUCGACCCGAAGAGCCGCCGCCGCACCGACUUGGCGGACGUGGACCCGCGCGGCUACUACGACCUGCUUGGGCUGAAGGGGAAGGAGUUCUCUGCCACGGCAAAGGACAUCACGAAGGCGUUCCGUGAGGCGGUGCGGAUGCAUCACCCGGACCUGCACCCGGAGGGCGAGGCGGAGAACAAGAAGCGCCACAUGCAGCGCAUCAUCGAAGCAUAUAAAGUUCUGCACAGCCCCAAAACGAAGAAGUCCUACGACUCUGGCGAGAUGAGCGGCAAGUCGCAAGAGACUUCUUAG